CACAGUGCGACUGCAAAUCGAACUAGAUGCCGUGAAAUCGAUAACAACGAAAUAAUUCAUUAUAUUGACAUACGCAUUUAAUUAUGCUCUAAUAUAUUUAAAAUUUCAACGAGUUUUUUAUUGCAACUUUUUUCUAUUCGAAUUGUGUUUUUUAUGCUUUGAAAGUGUUUUCCGCUUAAUUUUUGUUUAAAAAAAGUGUACAAAAGACAAAAAUAUUAAAGCAUAACAACAACAAAACGAUUGUCACAAAUUUCAAACGCGCCAAAGUGAACCAAAAUCAACGAACUCAUGCCGAAAAUAACAAACGAAAAAAAAAUAAUAAUUUGUUGUUAAUAGAGUUUGAUUGCGCGAAAAUGUGUCCAUAAUUUGGCUAGUAACUGUGAUCAGCUAUUAUCAAAAUUUAUAAUAGCGCGUCUCCAGUGAGUGCUAGUGUUAACUGUAGACUUCCCAGUAAUGCUAUAGACGUACAUACAUACAUACAUACGAGCACACAAUUAUAAUUCUGUAGUGAAGUUCUUUCCCGCCAAAUUCAUUUGAAAGUAUAAUUUCGUUAGUUCAAUCUAUAAUUAAUGUGUUCUUAUUAAAUCGCACACGAAAAGUUAAUAACUGCCCAUAAAAAUCCAAGUGCAAUGCAUAGACUGCGCGGAUAUCGAAAGUAAACUAUAGAUAUAGAAAUUAACGAGAAGUGCAAGUUCAGCGGUAGCUUCAAAAUCACGGAUUAAUUUUUUACUGACAACAGUUUGCCUUGACAAAUUGAAAAUGAAGAACAGUACAUUGGAUAAAAUCUGCAGCUUUCUCGGCGAGCUCAUCGGCACCGGAUUGCUAGUCUUUCUCGGCUGUAUGGGUUGUGUAAAGAAUGCCGCUUAUGAAAAUAAUCACUUCCAGAUGACAUUCAACUUCGGUUUGGUCGUUUUGGUCAUCAUCCAGUGCUUCGGCUGUGUCUCCGGUGCACAUUUGAAUCCGGCCGUCACAUUGGCCGCCUACAUUUACAAUCUGGUUUCAUUGCCAAUGGCUGGUAUCUAUUUUGUUGGACAAAUGUUGGGCGGUUUUAUUGGUUACGGGCUAUUAAAAGCGCUCAUACCCACCAAUGCCGUCACAUUGGAGGGACCACACAAUCUCUGCGUGACCAGUGUGCACGGUGAUAUUAACGCUUGGCAAGGUUGUGCUAUUGAGUUUAUCAUCACCGGUGUGCUGAUUUUCACCUGCUGCGGUGUCUGGGAUCCACGUAACUCCAAAUUCCAUGACUCGGUGCCAAUUCGCUUCGGUUUGGCCAUCUCUUGCCUUGCCAUCACAGCGGGUCAAUUCACCGGCGCCAGCAUGAAUCCGGCUAGAUCUUUCGCUCCUGCUUUGUGGAACUCGGACUUCCAGGAUCAUUGGGUAUACUGGGUUGGUCCAUUGGCCGGUUCGGCGGUGUGUGCCAUCGUCUAUAAGGUGAUCUUCAGACGUGAAGUUGCUGAGGAGAAGGUCAACAACAAAUUGCGCGCCAUGGAGGAGGUGCCACUCUCAUAAGCCAUUCUUACCAUUUAUCACUCGAAAUACCAAAGAGCGAUUCAAAAUAAGCAAAUCGACAUCUUCACAGAUGUUGCAGAACAAUACGAACUUCCUGAGUUGUAAAUGUUUUAAUUAAUUUGUUUUAGAAUAUUUAUCUACUUAAGAAGUGCAUUUAAGUAAAUCUGCAAAGCAGAUGCAUUUUAUUUUAGUUUUUAUUUUUGUUUUUUAUUUUGUAAAUGCCAACGAACCAUGUCGGAAUAUCUUUAUAAGCUAUGCUGUAAAUAACAUAAAUUUUCAAUAGCUUAGACGAAGACCUUAAAGACCGGGGUUGUUGCAUGAUUUAUUUUGUGCCACUUGUUAGAAAAAUUGUUGUAAAUAUACAUAUGAAAAUUAUAAAAAAGUACUAAACAAAUAAAAUUUAAUACGAUUGAAAA